GGCAUGACUUGAACUUGUCUCCUUUGAUGCACAGUGCUUUGCACAUGCUAGAUAUUUAGAUCUCGCUGAAUGGAAUUCAGAAACCUUACAGAGCAAGCAGACCCUGGUUGUGAAACCUCAGUGCUUUGUGUAUUGAUACUCAUUUUCCUCUCGGUGACCUGCGGCCAUGGAAAUGGUGGAUGCCAGCACUCCUGUGAGGACACUACUGAAGGCUCAGAGUGUAGCUGCCACCCACAGUACAAGAUGCACUCGGAUGGUAGGAGUUGCCUUGAGCGAGAGGACAUUGCACUGGAGGUGACAGACACCAGUACCACAUCAGUGGCAGAUGGGGACAAGCGGGUGAAGCGGUGGCUGCUCAUGGAAACAUGUGCUGUCAACAACGGAGGCUGUGAUCACACCUGCAAGGAUACUUCCACGGGUGUCCAUUGUAGCUGUCCCGUCGGAUUCACUCUUCAGCUGGAUGGGAAGACCUGUAAAGAUAUUGAUGAGUGCCAGACCCGCAAUGGAGGCUGUGCCCAUUCCGUGGGCAGCUUUGACUGCAACUGCAAAAAGGGAUUUAAAUUACUAACAGAUGAGCAUUCUUGCCAAGGUAUGUGCUGAAAUGUAGCUGUACUGUGCAGUGCCCAGCUGGGGCAGACGCGUGUCCCCCAGCUGGCAGAGACAAGCUGGCUGGUUGUCCAGACAGGGCCAUUAACUCAGCCUCCAGUCAUCUGUUUCAUCUGUUAGGCACAAUAAAAACACUGAUGUAGCUCACAGGUAUAUUUUGGAAAUUAAGCUGUUAGUGAUUAGAGAACACCUCACAGAGCCCAUCUGGUGUCAUUACAGCAUUGCUUGUUGCUAGAAAGGAAAUAGAUCACAGAAUGCAAACAGUCACAUUAAGAGAUUGAGAUUAUGCACAAUUCUUCUUUUCUUUUCUAAGAGCUCCCUUACUGUUUUAGACUGUAGAACUAAAGUUUGUAGCAAAAAUAUGUAGGGUUAGUUAACAUACCUCUUUACAGGGGGCCAGGCGGUGGCACACCUGGUUAAGUGCACAUAGUAACAUGUCUCUUUCUAGGAAAAAGUCGGGGUCAAACUAUAAUCAAGAUUAUGUAUCUGUUAGUGUCUUUCCUUAGGGAAAGAGAGAGGCAGACUGGGAGUAUGGAUUGACCAGUCAAUGCCCAUGUUCAGCAGGGAAGCAAUUACAGAAGCCAGACCUUCCACCUUCUGCACCCCACAACAACCCUCCCUGGGUCCAUACUCCCAGAGGGAUAGAGAAUGGGAAGGCUAUCAGGGGAGGGGAUGGGAUAUGGAGACUGGGUGGUGGGAAUUGUGUGGAGUUGUACCCCUCCUAUCCUACAG